AUGGCGUUACUACAACGAGCCUUGCCUCUCUCAAAGGCCGUGACUCCGAAUCCGCUGCCUAGGCGCCUGCACACGGUGCCGCUACUCCUGCUGCUGCUCGUCUUCACCGCCGCGGCCACCACAACCACCGUGGCGGACCCGCGCCUGCCGCCUUUGCCGGAAGACUGCCAGCGCUUCGGCUACCGCUUCUGCAGCAUCCUGCGGGCCGUCUCCUCUCUGACUUCCAGGGUGACCACCACAGCAACCAUCCAGCUCGCGGUCACCGCGACAGGCAGCGCAGACAACGGAUGGUUCGGCAUGUGUUUCGGGAAAGACCUCCGAAUGUACCCCGCUGACUGCAUCAUCGGCAACCAGGCGGGCACGCCCAUUCCCGUGGGCACGUACAACUCCUCCAGCUACUCCUCUGUGAAGCUCACCACGGCCUUCACCAUCGGCAGCAAGGCCUACACCACCUCCGGGACCACGGCUACUAUGACCUUCACACGGACUACUGGGGAUGGAGGCGUGGCGCCCGUGCAGGUCAGGGGCGUCAACAACAUCAUCUGGGCCUACAGCGGUAGCUCCACCACUGUUGGCAGCCACGCUAAUAAGGAGCUCCAGCACCGGCUCUAA